AUUUUGGUGAAAUGGUCGAAACAAUCAAACAAUUUUAUUUUGAACCAACGUAUGCGUAUUGCUCCAGUCACCGCCUUGCUCCGCCGUGAUUCCUCCUCACUGUCGGAAUCCAAAUUCGUCCUCAUAUAGUUCGAUUCGGAGUUCUCGUAUUUGUAGCAGAAGGAGGGGGGUUUGACAGAUUGAGCAGAAGAAAGUAGAAAGACGGGUCAGUUUAUGCUACAACAGAGGAGGAAUGCGAGUGAUGGGAAGCAGCAAAAAAGGAGAAGUUGUGGUUGGCAAAGAAGAGGUUAUCACUAAACUCAAGGAUGACGGUGACUUCGACAGGCUUCGUUUAAAGAUCAUUCGUAAACUCAAGGACAAUGAAGAGUUGCGACAACAUAUUAUCUCAAUUGUGAAACAGUCGGAAGCGCUCAAUCGUGCUGGAGCAGAAAAUAUGAAACCUAGACAACUUUCCGAUGUCAUAUAUGAAGAAGUUGGUGAGAAUGUAAUGAGCCACAUAUCGGAUAGUUUAUGGCAAAUAAUUAGAUCAAGUGAUGGCAUGAAAGGUGAAAUCGUGGAAACGGUGCAAUCUGUCUACGAUAAACUGGCGAACCCCAAAGGGAAAGAUGAGGUUCUGUUAUCAACAUCUGAUGCAAUGUCAAUUCAGUGUCAAGGUGAAACAGCUUCAGCUACUGAGAAUGAUGAUACUUUGUAUGAAAAUGAGCCUGAAGAGCCGCCUGGUUUCACUCUCUUACCGAAUCAUCUGAAUAAUAACAAUCACGACGAUCGGGAUAAAGGGAAGGCACAGGUUCAGAGGCAAGGAUCCACCACAGAGUGCAAGGAAGAUUCCCACCUGUCUCAGGAUACACCUGGUGAAGAUGAUCAUAACAUUCCACCACCUGGAUUUUCGAAAGACCCGGAGCACAAUCCUGUAGCUAAUUGUAGUGAUGAAGACCCUGAUUUACCGCCUGGUUUUAGUUGAUGAAUUGAAAGGUGAUUUAUUAUUUUUCUUCUGCUCUGGGUCUCUUUACAUCCCAAUCUAACGUAGGAUGCAUUAUUUUUUCUGAUACGCACGAGGUCAAUAGUUAUCAAUACUUUUUGUAGGAACUCAUCCCAAUUUUUUAUGAAAUGGAUAUUGGAUUUUCAUUAUGAUUUGUCUCAAAAGCUAUUAACCAAUGGAAACCCUUUUUAAUAAAAAGUUUCUGGUUUUCUAUAGAUUUAUCAUUCUGUUUGUUGGUACAAAGAGGUUGAAAUGAACAGGUUAAAUUUCAUGAGGGUUUCAGACGAGAAUUCAAAGUUAUCCCAGCUUAAAAUUCUUUUGGAGAAGAUACCCUUUUGCUAGAUAGCAUUUGCAGUCACAGGUCUCUCUAAUGAGUAGCCUAUGGUUGGAUGAAAACAUCAUUGGUAGAAGCACUUCUGGAAUGGGACACCGGACAUUACACCUAUAGCAGAAAUGGCAAAAAAUGACAUGGGCUUUAUUCCUUCUUGGGAGGAUAAUUGUGCUUGGCUAUUGGACUGUCAAUUCUUCGGUAUUCAUGAUUUUGGGUUUACUGUAUCAACGAGAUAGAGUCAAGUACACUGCAAACUAUAGGGAUGAAGGAACAUAUUCAUUAGUAUACGAAUAAGUACAUCUGGUGGUGAGGGAAAACGGCUUCAAAGAUCAGGGUUAGAGAGGUCAAAUAUGUACAUGUGACAAAAUAUCAUGAGCUCAAAUUUAUGUGAGUUUUAACUCUUUUUUUAGAAUGAAAAAUUUAGUAUGUUAGUCUAUUUAGAGUUAUGUUGUAGGUGAUGAUAGAACCAUCAACCUUUUUAUCA